AUGGAUGAUCUCAAACCAGAAGAAACGCUAGCGGUUCACAAUCAGAUUCGAGCUGACGUAGGGGUGGCUCCAUUAGUGUGGGACGAUAAACUAGCUGCCUACGCACAAAACUACGCUAAUGUACGAUCCAAAGACUGCGCCAUGAAGCAUUCCACAGACGGAAUGUACGGCGAGAACCUAGCUGCAGGGUGGGUACAACCUCUGGACACAAUGAGCGGUCCGAUUGCGACUAAGUUUUGGUUGACGGAGAAGCCUAAUUACAAUUAUGACACCAACAAAUGUAGUGGUGUGUGUGGGCAUUACACCCAGAUUGUGGCUAAUCAAUCGCAACGACUCGGUUGUGGUACGGUCAGGUGUCAUAACAAUGAGUAUGUUUGGGUCGUAUGUAACUAUGCUCCUAGGCCAAUGGGUGAUGCGAACACACGUCCAUAUUAA